GGUAAUCAAUAUUUACCGACGAAGCAACCACUGGAAAGAAGAGAGUGGCAGGUUAUGGUGUCCCGCAUCGCCAGUAACUAAAACGUGGUGACGAAAAAGAACUGUCGAAGCGUAGCUAGUAAAAACAUACAGUAUUUUACAUCCAACGUCCAAAACAUACAACCUAUAUAUAAUAUAGAUAACGUCAAGUCCUUCGUUGUGUGCAUUUUGAUGUAUAAUUGUAGGAGACCUUAAGGUCCUUAAGUCGCUGUACUUUUUGUUGUCAAUAAAGAUUUCAGUUAUUGGCAAUGGCCAGUUAUGCAGAUAUUGAAUCGUUGAAACUUUGAGCUUGCCUGGGCUUACAAAGUCCGCCACGCCACGAAUCGGGUCGCAUGUUUGUUUGACAUUUCCUAUUGUACCAGUCACCAUGUGUACACAAAGAUGGCGGCAGGGUUCCAACGUCAUAUGAUUACAGUCCCUGACAUGUGUGACGUACUGUACAAAGGGUAGAACACACUCAGACUGCGACGAUGCCAGAAUCUGAGUACCAUUUUACGGAGGGUUUCAAGGUGACGGACGACGUCAAAGCUGCCUUCGACAAGAAUGGCUACGUCAUCAUCCGGUCCCUCCUGAGCGGCGAGGAGACGAGGAAACUGACGGAGGCUCUGGAGUCCGAUGAAGGCGUGAAGACCAAAAGCUACGGACGGGACGACACUGGGGGCAGGAAGACCAAGACGGUUCUGUGGAACAACGUCGGCAAUGACAUCACAGGCGUGGUGGCCAGGACGGAGAAAGUGGCGGGAACUUUCGAACAGCUUCUUGGUGGUGAGGUAUAUCACUACCAUUCCAAGGUCAUCAUGAAGGAGGCUCGGACGGGGGGCGCCCAUCUCUGGCACCAGGAUUAUGGCUAUUGGUACGAGAACGGCUGCAUGUAUCCUAAUAUGGGCACGGUGUGGAUCGCUGUUGACAAGGCUGAUAGGGGAAAUGGUUGCCUCAAGAUCAUCCCUGGGUCCCACAGGGCUGGUAGAGUGGACCAUGUUCGUGUCGGGGACCAGGCGGGAGCGGAUCUAGAGAGAGUGGCAGAGCUUGAGAAGGCGCUUGGGCUGUUCCAUGUGGAGAUAGACCCGGGGGACGCGCUGUUCUUCCACUCCAACAUCCUGCACCGCAGCGACCAGAACAGCAGCGACAGGCGCAGGUGGGCCUUUCUCGUUGCCUACAACCGUGCCGACAACAACCCCGUCUACAAACACCACCAUCCUCAGUACACGCCUCUCAGCAAGCUUCCCAACGCGGCUAUCCUGGAGUGUUCUACUGUGACUGACCUAACCGGGAAGGACUUCUUCUCUCUGGAUAGAGACUUCUCCCUGGGGUCUUUGGACAAGAAGGCGUAACUGGCUCAACAUGUUAACAUGAUGGUUAUGUGUAGAGAAACAUUAACCACAACCCGAACAUGUUUUGUUCUUUGUUAUCAAAUUGCUUAUAACCUUCUCCCUGCUGCCUAACCCCGUAACCAAUAGAGCAUUGGUAACCUAAAGACUUACUUCUGUCUGCUGAACACCCUCUCAAGCAUUGUCGAGUCCUGCACCUUUAAUAGUCUGAAGGCUGUUUGGAACGAUUCACGACUUAUGGGAAAACCUUUAAUGGCUCGUAAAGGUAAAAUACAGACAUUUGUUUUCAACUAGUUACUAGUAACUAAAAAUCUUAAAUUUAGUACAUUGUACCUACAUUAUAAAGACAUAUCCUGUCAAGCUAUAUUUCUGCUUUAUUGCAGAAUUUGCAUUGCAUCUUAGAUUCUAAUCUACUUCUUCGUUUUGCAUUACCCUGUACUUUUUAUGGACCGUCAAAUAACUUAUAUGCUUAUAUUUAGCGUCCUUACGUAAUAUCUUGGCUCUUAUUUAUCAUAAACCCUAACAGAAUCGACACUUGAACAGAUUAAUAGAAUGGAUUGAAUAAAUACCUUGCUAGAUAAGUAGCUAUGUACAGCAUACGGCUUGC